AUGUCGUUUAAUCCAAAACGUAGUAGCCGUAAACUUAAUACUUCUAGUAAAUCGAAGAUAAAACAGACGGGAACAGAAUGCUAUACUGUUCAUGACUUACCAUCUCUCAAAAGGAAACGUACUAUUGCAUUAAAUCGUAUGUUAAAAGCAUUGGAAAUCGAUGCGUAUGCCGCGUUAAUCGCGCGCUAUCGGAAUACUCGUGAAUUAGCUUAUACCUGUUGGAAGGAUAUUUUAAAUGUAAAUUUGAAAAUUCAAAAUAUAAAUGACUUUCGUCGUAGCUUGGACAGUAUUGAUGAGAAUUUGAGUAUUUUAAGAAAGUUAAAUUUACCUGUUGAGCAAUGGGAAUUUAUAAUCGUUUAUCAUGUUCUAUCGAAAUUAGAAUCGAAGUUGCGCCGGGAUUUCGAAGAAAGUUGUUGUAGUUCUGAAUUUCCUAAAUAUAUUAAUUUAAAAGAGUUUUUACAUUCAAGAUGUGAAGCGCUUAUACGAGAUAAUCAUUUUUCUGAAGCUACUAAAGCCGCUUUUCAUGUUGUAAAGGAUUCGAUUAGGCCUCCUUCUAAUAUUGUUAAACGUCGUCCUGUUACUCACACAUUAGUCUCUAGUCAUUCGGAUGAUAAACUAAAAACUGGAGAAACGCGGCAUGACAACUCCAAGGUUAUGCCUAAAUGCUCGUUUUGCACAGAUGCUACUCAUUCAAUUGCACAUUGUAAGCGAUUUCUAUCAAAAUCGGUAGAUGAACGCAUGUCUGUUGCAAACGAAAAAAGAUGGUGCUUCAACUGCCUUAAAUCAUCUCAUCAAUUAAAAGAGUGUAAGUCGAUUUUCCGAUGCCUUAAAUGUAAACAUAAACAUCACACAUUGCUUCACAAAGAGCAAUCUACCGAUACCCCGUCUCGUUCUGUGUCCUUAAUCGCCAAGGCCUCUGGUUACGAAUUAUGUACAAAAUCUUCACUAAACACAACUGUUCUUCUUGCUACCGCUAUAGUGCAGAUAGUAGAUGAAAAGGGUCGGUAUCAUUGUUUUCGGGCACUGUUUGAUACUGGCAGCCAAAACAAUUUAAUUACUUGUGACGCAGCUCGAACCUUAAAUAUUAAACAAGUACCAUGCGAUGCAAAUAUUAACGGUUUAGGUGGAGUGUCUGCAGAUGUUAGUCACAUGGUUCGUUGUUCACUCGCAUCAAACAACAAGGUUUUAUUCGAUGUUGACAUGCAUGUCAUAUCAACUAUUUGUGGCGAUCAGCCUAUUGCUAAACUUAAUACGAAUGGUUGGUCUCACAUUCAAUCGUUACCCUUGGCAGAUCCAGGUUUCGAUAUACCUGGGCCUAUCGAUAUUUUGCUUGGUGCAGAUAUAUUCGCUGAUUCUCUAUUGGACCAAUGUAUGAAGGGUCGGUCUAAUCAACCUGUUGCGAUGAAUUCAGUCUUUGGAUGGCUUUUAUUAGGUAGAACACACCUCACAUCCUCGUCCUUAUUACAAUAUACAGCCAAAUCCGACGAGCUGACUUCUAUGGUUCAACGCUUCUGGGAGAUUGAUAAUGUUCCUCAAGCAUCAAUUCUCACACCACUAGAUAUGGCAUGUGAAAAGGCAUAUGUCACCGACCAUUAUCGUGAUUCAACAGGCAGAUACGGAGUUCAGUUACCUUUUAAGGAUGCAAACCAAAUUCUGCAUAGCGAGAUUUAUGUUGACGACAUUGUAACCGGUUGUGAGACUCUGGACGAGGCUCUAGAGGCUAAAGCACAAAUUAUAGAGCUUUUGGAAUUAGGGCAUUUCCAGUUGAGGAAGUGGGCCAGUAACAUACCAGAGUUACUUUCUGAUAUUCCUCAGGAAGAAUGUCUGCUUAGUUCCAAAACAUUUACCGGCCAUGACUCUUGUAGCCUAAAGGUGCUUGGUUUAAAGUGGGAGCCAACUACCGAUACAUUUUCCUUUGAUGUUAAAUCUUCAAUCCGACCUUGUACAAAACGAGUUAUUCUUAGCGAGAUCGCGAAGAUCUUCGACCCCUUAGGUUUCCUUGCACCUCUAACCAUCAAGGCGAAGUGCCUCUUGCAACGGCUCUGGCUGCUUGGUAUCGAUUGGGACAGUGAUCCACCCGAAGAUGUGAAUAGCGUGUGGGAAACAUUUUGCAAUCAGCUGUCUAUAUUAAAGGACCUGCGUAUACCACGGUGUAUGACAAUUAACAACACUUUAACGUACGAAUUACAUGGAUUUUGUGAUAGCUCGGAGCUUGCGUAUGGAGCAGUUAUUUAUAUUCGAGUUUCAACUGCAGACGGAUUAACACAAACACGAUUAGUAUGUGCCAAAGCUCGAGUAGCUCCCAUUAAGAAAAUCUCUUUGCCUCGAUUGGAGUUGUGUGCAGCCGUCUUGCUGACAAAUUUAGCAAAAUUUGUGCUGGAUACAUACUUAACAAAAUUAACGCUCCACGCUAUUUAUCUAUGGUCUGACUCGACCGUCGUCCUAUCUUGGCUUCGUUCACACUCCUCUCGAUGGACCACGUUCGUAGCUAAUCGUGUGGGACAUAUCCAGGAUAUUUUCUCUACGGAGGGCCAGUGUGGC